AUGUGUGACAUGGGGGGAUUGGAUAAUCUGGUGGCGAACACGGCCUACCUUAAGGGGGGCGAUGAAAAGGAGAUGAGGAAGAGGCGGUGCAGCCUGUCCCUGCCCAAGCCAGAACAGUGCGUGUCCAUCCGCGCCGCGGUGGGGAAAGAAUUUGAGAUGCUCUGCGAGAGGCAGCCCAUAGGGAAGAAGUUCUUCCGGCAGUUCCUCCUGGAGUCCAACCCACAGUAUGUGGCGGCUGCAGAGUUCCUGGACGAGCUAAUCGACUGGGAUUUGGCGGAAGGCGCUGGCAAAGAUAAGGCGAGGACGAACAUCAUCAACAAGUUCUGCAAGGCUGACUCCAAGAGCUUCCUGUCUUACCUGACAGGAGAGGUAGCGGACAAGUGCAAGGCGGUGUCGGACAAGGAUUUUGAAGACGUGAUGAUGGGCAAUGUUAAGGAUGCCACACGGGAGUACCUGAAGGAAAAGCCCUUCACAGAGUACCAGACCAGCCCUAACUUUGACAAAUUCCUGCAGUGGAAAGAGUACGAGAAACAGAAAAUCACUGAUAAGUAUUUCCAUGAGUUCAGGACCCUGGGAAAGGGAGGCUUUGGAGAGGUGUGUGCUGUGCAGGUGAAGAACUCAGGCCAGAUGUACGCCUGCAAAAAGCUGUGCAAGAAGCGUCUGAAGCAGAAGAAUGGUGAAGGCAUGGCGCUACUGGAGAAGCAGAUCCUGGAGAAGGUCAACAGCCUGUUCCUGGUCAACCUGUCCUAUGCCUACGACACCAAGACCCACCUGUGCCUCGUCAUGACCCUGAUGAAUGGCGGCGACCUCAGGUACCACAUCUACAACAUUGGCGAAAAAGGCCUCGAAAUAGACCGCAUCAAUUACUACAUUGCACAGGUCACCACAGGAAUCCUCCACCUGCACGCCAUGGAUAUAGCGUACAGAGACAUGAAGCCAGAGAACGUGCUACUGGACAGCUUCGGCCAAUGUCGACUCUCGGAUCUGGGGUUGGCCGUGGAGCUGCCUAGCGAAAAGACCAUCAAUCAAAAGGCUGGCACAAGUGGCUACAUGGCCCCAGAGAUCCUGAAGAAAGAGCCUUACCGGAUGUCAGUGGACUGGUGGGCACUGGGCUGCAGUAUCUACGAGAUGGUGGCAGCUCGCCUGCCCUUCAAGGACUAUAAGGAGAAGGUGCAGAAGGAGGAGGUGGCACGGCGCACCCUCGAGGAUGAAUGCAAGUACGAGCACAAGAACUUUGACGAGGGCACCAAGGCCAUCAUCGACCUCUUCCUCAAGAAGAAGAUUGAUGAGCGUCUGGGAUGCAGGACCAAGAACGAGGACCCAAGGAAGCAUGAGUGGUUCAAGGGCAUUAACUUCCCUCGACUGGAGGCAGGGCUGAUCGACCCACCCUGGGUUCCCAAGCCCAACGUGGUCUACGCCAAAGACACGGGGGACAUCAAAGACUUCUCAGAGAUCAAGGGCAUCGUGUUUGACGACAAAGAUGACAAAUUCUUCAAGGAAUUCAACACGGGGGCGGUGCCCAUUGCCUGGCAACAGGAAAUGAUUGACAGUGGACUUUUUGACGAGCUGAACGACCCAAACAGGAAAGAAUCGGCCGCUGGAUUGGACGACGAGGAGAAGAAAUCUAAAUCCUGCACGCUUUUAUAAAAGCCCCUAUACUAUAGAUAGGACUUUGUAAUUUUCAAAGCUAUCUCAUUAAGAACACUGUAACGAUAAACAUAUCCACAAAAAAGGUGUGAAGUGGUAGUAAAAUCCAGGGCCAGGUCAAGGAACAUAUUUCCACCACUUCACACCUUUUUUGUGGAUAUGAUAUUUCCUGCUCUCCUACAUUGUAAUGAUCAUGAUAAACCACAGCACUUACGAUGAUAUCAGGAGUCGAUAAGGUGAUAUAGGUAAUUUUGUCUAUAUCAUUGGGCAGGGUCAGUGUCUGUGGUAGAAUCAACAGGAAAGAGCUAGACUAGAGCCAGAAUGGGGACUGUGCUUUACAGGCACUGGCACAGUUGCAGUAGCAGGCUUCUACCACAAGGUGUCCCCAGAUAUCUACAGUGCCUUG